AUGGAAACGCUGGAGUCUGAGUUGACCUGCCCAAUCUGUCUGGAGCUCUUCGAGGACCCGCUGCUCUUGCCCUGCGCUCACAGCCUUUGCUUCAACUGCGCCCACCGCAUCCUGGUGUCCCACUGCACCCCCAGUGAGCCAAUUCAGUCAAUCAACGCCUUCCAGUGCCCCACGUGUCGCUAUGUCAUCACCCUCAACCAGAGGGGCCUAGAGGGACUCAAGCGCAACGUCACGUUACAGAACAUCAUCGACCGCUACCAGAAAGCUUCUCUAAGUGGACCUAACUCUCCGAACGAGACCCGGCGCGAGCGAGUCGUCCCCACCAGCAAAGCCAUGACCUCUCCCAGUGCCCGGGUGCAGUGUCAGUUCUGCGAGCAGGACCCACCACAGGACGCCGUGAAGACUUGCGUCACCUGUGAGGUGUCGUACUGCGACGAGUGUCUCAAGGCCACCCACCCCAACAAGAAGCCCUUCACAGGCCACCGUCUAAUUGAGCCCUUGAUGGAUUCCCAUCUGAAGGGGCUUAUGUGUCUGGAGCACGAGGACGAGAAGGUCAACAUGUACUGUGUGACAGACGAGCAGUUGAUCUGUGCAUUGUGUAAGCUGGUUGGCCGACACCGAGACCACCAAGUGGCAGCCCUGGGCGACCGAUACGACAAACUCAAGCAAGCCCUGGAUUCCAACCUCAACAAUCUAAUCAAGAGGACCAGUGAGUUGGAAAGUCUGAUGGGCAAACUUAUCCAAACCUGCCAACACGUGGAGGUAAAUGCAUCGCGACAAGAGAACAAGCUGCUUGAGGAGUGCGAGCUGCUGAUUAAUAUCAUACAGCAGCGGAGACAAAUCAUCGCCACCAAGAUAAAGGAGGGGAAGUCUGUGCGAAUGAGGAAGCUGGCCCAGCAGAUAGCCAGCUGCAAACAGUGCAUCGAGAGGUCUUCCUCCCUCAUCACUCAAGCCGAUGGGACCCUGAAGGAGACGGACCACACUCGCUUCCUGCAGACGGCUAAAAGUACCUGCGAGAGAGUAUCGAUGGCAACGGCAUCGUCUCAAAUCCUAUUACCAGAAAUCAACCUGAAUGACACGUUUGAUAGUUUUGCUUUGGACUUCACGAGGGAGAAGAAAGUGCUGGAAAGCUUGGAUUACCUCACAGCUCCAGACCCGCCAGCAAUCCGCGAGGAGCUGUGCACAGCUUCGUACGACACCAUCACGGUUCACUGGACAUCAGACGAUGAGUUUGUUGUCGUGUCGUAUGAACUUCAGUACGCCAUCUUCACCAGCCAAUCGAAUGUCGUCAGUAAGUCUCUAAGCGGCGCUCUGGUGGGAGGUGCUGCAGGUUUGUGCAACUCUGCUGAUAGCUGGAUGAUUGUACCCAACAUCAAGCAGAAUCACUACACUGUGCACGGACUCCAGUGUGGCACCAAGUACAUCUUCAUAGUGAAGGCCAUAAACCAGGCCGGAAGCCGCAGCAGUGAACCAGGGAAGCUCAAGACAAACAGUCAGCCGUUUAAGUUGGACGCAAAGUCCGCUCACCGGAAGCUGAGGGUUUCCCACGACAACCUGACAGUGGAGAGGGACGAGACGUUGUCCAAGAAGAGCCACAGUCAGGACCGCUUCUCCAGCCACAGCAGCUACGGAGUCACAGGAAACGUCUACAUCGACAGCGGCCGCCAUUACUGGGAGGCUCUGAUAGGAGGAAGCACAUGGUUCGCAGUGGGCAUUGCUUACAAGUCGGCACCAAAGCAGGAGUGGAUCGGCAAGAACUCGGCGUCCUGGGUGCUGUCCCGCUGCAACAACUCGUGGGUGGUGCGUCACAACUGCAAGGAGAUGCCGAUCGAGCCUUCGCCCCACCUGCGGCGUCUAGGAAUCCUGUUGGACUACGACUCUGGAUCCCUGUCUUUCCAUGACGCCAUCAGCUCCCAGCACUUGUAUGCGUUUGACAUCGCCUUCGCUCAGCCAGUUUGCCCCGUGUUCAAUGUGUGGAACAAGUGUUUGACAAUCCUCACGGGUCUGCCCAUCCCAGAUCACCUAGAGGGGGCGGAUUUCAACAACUGACGAAAAAAACCUGUCCUGCUGCUGGAUUUUCUUUGUGUGCCCCCCAACAAAAGAAGCACCAGACUACCUGCACCUCUUUGACUGUGAUGACCACAUUCCUCAUGUUGGCAAAACUAAGAAAAAUUGGCGAACAUGAUGCAUUUACUGCCCCUGAUGUACAUUCCAAAUCAAGCCUAUGUUGAAAUUAAUUGGACUUAUUUAAGAAAUGUUUUACAGGCAUCUGUAAUUGUGUUUCUUUGCUUUGCACAUUCAUGUACGUUACUCAGCUGGAUGGUUUCAAGGGUUUGCUUACAGUUUUUACUUUGAAGAGAUUUUUUCUUU